GAGCUAGCUAGUAGCUUAAGUCUGAUAAUAGAGUAGCCUGCAGGAUAGUACUGCGCAGAUGCAUAUGUUGACGGUCGUCAAAAGCCUAUUACAGAUCGCAGCCGUUGUGUUUCAUGUCGUAUAUGGUGGAUGUCAUCGAUAUAUUAAAGGAGUCGGUGUGUAUAUCCAUGCGCUAGCGAGAAGCCUCUGUCGUCAAAGCUGGAAAUGCGACGUGUCGUGUGGACUACUAGCAAUGGUGCAAGGACGGCAAGCGUCAUCAAGCCAAGUGUGGGAGAGGCACUUGAACGCACCACCACGAUAAUUAUGACUUUGAAUUAGAAGAUUAAAGCAUGAUCCCUUGUUGACAGUUAUUGCAUUUCAUAUUGAGUGCACCCGAAUUAGUAAGCGAGGUCUGUCGUCAUCUUCGAUUAAGGCAUCCCUAUGUCUCUGCACUAACUGCUAAAAUGGUGUGACAACUAUAACAGGUCCUUUCUUCAGAGAAGUGGAUACAAACUUUAGUGAAAAUGGCACAAAGCCCUCACAUGUCUGAAUUUGGAGAUGGGGAGGAUCUACAGCAGGAAGAUGACGACAUUUGUCAAGACAACACCAGGAUGGAACCCAACACGCCCGACGUUCAUGACUACCUUGGCCAUGCUACUCGCCUAGACUGGAAGUCUUUCCCCUGUGAGCACUGUGAGAAGAGUUUUGCCAGCCAACAAGGCUUGGAACGACACAUGCAUUGUCACACUUUGAUGAAGAAUAUGCCACAUACAUAUCAAAGCAAGAGGGGAAAAACUGCUUCGGCUGGACUCAGCUCUGUGCAGCCUGGUGAGCAGGUGCCCGAGCAUCAUGCUUGCAGCUUCUGUGAGAAGAGAUUUGUGACAUAUACCAACAAACAACAGCAUGAGAGCACAGUCCACCAGCAGCAUCUGCAAAUUGCACGUGUUGAACAAAGUGAGACGCCCCAAGAGGAAAAUCAUCAGCAGAUAAUCAUCGCAACGUCAAAUCCCGCUGCCGAGCUUGCUACAGAUGUUGUGGAGAAUGAAACGGAACACGUUGGAAACUACAUGCUUGAUGUCUCCAGCAGUGUCUCGCAGAACCUCAGCUUUUACUUUGAUGGAAAAAUAAUGUCAACAAGCACAGUGAGUGGCUGCGAAGCAGCUGAAGUUCAUGCUGCGUGUUCAACUUUGCUCGGACUUGAUGCCCUGAUUGUGGAUCCCUCCCAGUUGAACCUGGGGUUAGGUAUCGAGUCAAUUCUGAGCAACCAAGAUCUGCCGGGUCAAGCGUUUGCUAAGAGAAGAACCGCAACACCUCCUCUUCUACCCCAGAUUCAAACCGAACUAGAAUCGGGGGUGGUGGUAUCGUCGUCACCCUCGGAACUACUGACGUCGUUUAUAGAAACUCUACUUCCUCAUAAUACAGAGAUUUUACUUGCGUCCCCAAAACCAACCCCUGGGUUUCCGUCCCCCAAGUUGAAUCCGCUCCAAGAAAAGCAGGACACUCAUCUUUUAGAUGGCCAAACACCUUGCACAUCUGUAUCUGCUGCGGCGGGAAGGUUUAAAAGAAGGACAAGCUCUCCACAAAGUUCUCCUCAGCACAACAUGACAUCUGACGAGGAAGCAGCAAUGACAGAUACGGAUGAUGAUGAUGAUGUCAUUUCGAUGUCCACGGACACCCAGUACGGCUCUCCCAUGCAGCGGAGUGCCAUUGAAAAUGCGAAGACUACAUCCCAGAAGAUUGAGGAACCUCAAGCGAUUCCUGUUUCAACAGAGAGCUGGCCUCCUGUGACUGUCGACAACUGCUGUAGUCAGCAACCACUGGAUCUCUCCAAUUCAAUGAAACGAAAUGAAGUUGGGACUUCAGAUGAUGCCGCGCUGGAUUUAAGUUUGCAAAAAAGGAGCCCCGAAGAAUCUCAGCGGACAUCAAAUUUAGUUUUCCCCUCGGAAGAUCAUUUAAAUGCGUGCAUGCAGGAGAGGGCCAUUCUGAGUGCUGAAGAGGAAAAUGUAAGUGUGGCAAACCACGAAGCAUCUCUUGUGUCAGACCUCACCAUUGUGACAGGUUCAAAUAUGGUGGACUCUGUCACAGAAGGACUUGUGUAUGGACUUUCGCUCCCCUCCUGUCCUCUGAAUUCUGCACCCGCCACCCUUACCCCUCUCGGUUUCCCACCGGCUUCACCGUGCACCGUAUCGUUUGCACCCCCAGUUCUACCAACCACCCCCUCAUUAAUCACAGUUCUGGCACCGCCACUAUCUAUUCCUAGCCCCUCGAGCCAACCAAUCCAAGUGCUGGCACCAAAUAUAUCAGCGGAGCCGCUGGUACUUUGCACAGAAGGUGCCAUCAAUUCUACACAUUGUGAUCUAACUUCUGCAUUUGCAGGUACAAAUGCUCCAAACCUUGUCACUCUCUCGCAUCCACUUGACCCUUCUAUAAAUCUACCCGGUCACAUGUUUCUCACCGAUCAAAUCUCUCUUGAUGCGCCAUUAAACGAAGACCAAAGCAUGUCCGAGGUGCCGUUCACACCCACUGCAGCGUUAAACGAUCCCCUUAUCAACUCGUACAACAUUACGAGUAACACAGUGCUGAUCGAAUGCACAAUUUCCCUUGAAGCGCCAGGAAAUGUUCCCGCUGAGGUUGGCGUGCAAGACAACACGGAGGCUUCAGUAUCCACGCAGAUGCUUGUUAAUCACAUAGAACAGCAACACAUGCUGUCAUUACCCAACACAACAACGGAGGACCCCACCAUUCUCAUGUCCUCCAUCGAAGAGUCCGUUACAUUGUCGUCAAGCACCUCGGUGAUGCCGGAGUGUCCUGCCGAGGCUGAACCACCACAAGGCCUAGAAGAAGAGGCUACAAAUGCGGAUGAAGAGGAACAUCCUGAAAGAAAUGAUUCAGCAGUGGAAGUCACUACUGACAACUCAAACGAUGUUGAGAAGAUUGAAGAGACAGAACCACCAAACGACCCGCCAAGCAACCCUCAAAGUGACGCGCCGAGCGAUGCAGCAAGUGACACAGAGCCGCAGACUUUCACCAAGAACUUCAUCUGCAAUGUCUGCGACCUGCUCUUCCACUCAAUGAAAGAACUGGGCCAUCACGUCAGCGACCAUGCUGAUGAAUGGCCCUACAAAUGCGAGUUCUGCGUUCUUCUCUUUGAAAAGCCCUCGGCUUUGCUCGACCACCGGUCAAGCCUACACGGUGUUGACAAGACUUACGUUUGUAGUGCAUGCCCUAAAGACUUUGUUUAUCUUUGUAAUCUGAAACAGCACCAGGAGGAAUUGCAUCCUGCCCAGCAAUGUACAUUCAAGGAAGAGGAAAAGGGAAAAGUCCGACCUCAGAAUUUCAACUACCCCACAAAAGCCAGCAAAGAGACCUCAUUGCCUGAUGUGGCUGAAGAAGUGAAAGAAAGAAGUGAAGUUAAAAAGGAAGAGAAUGAAGUUGACGUGGCUGCUGAAGAAUUGUUUACCACAAUUAAAAUCAUGGCCUCAGCUGGGGGCAAACUCAAAGUGCCUGAUGUCCGUCUUGGCAUUAACCAGCAUUACCCCAGCUUUAAGCCUCCGCCCUUUCCUUACCAUAACAGGUCACCUGCUGGCUCGCAGGCGUCAGCCACAAAUUUCACCACCCACAACAUUCCGCAAACCUUCAGUACGGCUAUUCGGUGCACCAAAUGUGGAAAAAGCUUCGAUAACAUGCCAGAACUGCACAAGCACAUCCUGGCUUGUGCCAAUGCUAGCGAUAAGAGGCGCUACACGCCCAAGAAGAAUCCCAUCCCUCUCCGACACUUUGCGAAAAGCCAGAACGGAGUCCUGUCCACCACCAAUUCAGAAAACGAAAGUAACGCCUCAAACAGAGCCAGCCAGUCCAUCAGGACAGAGUCAUCAGUCAAAUUGAAGUUGAAAUUACUGAACAAACGGAAGCGAAAGCUGGUCCAAAGGGUCAUGCCCCAGAGGAACAAGUCCUUGCCAGACAAAGUGUCCCCUUCCCACGCGCAUGACGACAUGUUUGCUUGCCCUCACUGCAGCAGGGAGUUCACAAUGCGCCGCAGCCGAACCAAGCACAUGGCUGUCUGUCCCAAAAAACCCAGGGAAGUCAGGACAAGGAAAGACGGAGGGAUCUCUGUGACAAAGGAAAACGAUGGAAGACUUCAUAGCGGGGUCUCCCGCACUCACGAGCAACAAGCCUCAGCUCAUCCUAGGACACGACUGCAGACAUCAGGGCCGCCUAAAAGGCCCGCCUCGCCUCCUGCACCAACAAGCUUUUUAAACAAGAGGCCCAAACUAAAGGAGGAAUCAAAAAAUGACAUUUCCACUUUAAACGAACUCCCUACGGUUCGUACUUUCAACCCUCCUCUUCGUCAGUACACGCGGAUUAAACUCACUUCAGCGAAACAACAAAGUGAGCCCACCGCGCCGAGCCGAGAGGAAGCAACUGCUGCCGGCAGCUCUUUGCAAAGUGCUACAAUUUGAAGACACUAUCUGUCAGGAUGAUGCGCACCCCUGACACUUCUUCACCCAGCGAAGGCUUAAUGUCCAUGACACUGUACAAGAGAUGACUGAACCGAGGACAG